AGAAAGAAAAACAACUAAAACGAUGUCGUUUCUCUUCUAUAUUGAGAAUCCUCGCUGCUUCGUCCGUAGUGCUCUCGUCUUCUUUCUCAAUUUUCUUAGGGUUUCUCUGCAAAUUCGCCGAUAAUGGAAGACGUCUUGACGGAGGUUCCGCCACCGUCUCGGUUCUUCCAGGAAGAUCUGAACAACUUCACGCCUCCGUCACCGCCCAUUCCCUCUCCUUUCCUCGUUUUCCCAACCGCCGCCGACCUCGACCUUCCCCUCCGCCCCUCUCUCCUCAUCAUCGCCAUCUCCUCCCCCUCCCUCCACCUCUUCCACACAGCCGCCUCCAAAAUCCUCAUCGGAACCCUAAUCCUCCCGGAAACCUCCUUCGCUGGAAACUCGGUCCAGCCCUCUCUCAAGGACAAGUCCUGCAACCUCUACUCCCUCGACGGCGACCGCCAGACCCUCCUCGUCUCGGUCCAGUGCCCUAUCGCCGCCGAUCGGUGCCACGCCGUCGCCGAGCUGCUGGUUUCUCAGCACAUCGUUCCGGAGAGGGUUCUGAUCCUGGAUUCCGUUCAGAAUCGGAACUUCCGGGGCAAGCUUUCCAGGGACGAGGCGCUGGCGUUCAAGCUCGAAACGACGUCGGAGAGGAAAUCGAAAUCGAAAUCUUUGAAAUUGGAGUAUUUGCCUUCGGCGAGUGUGGUGGAUGGGUUGGGUGCUGCUCUGUUGGCCAAGUGUGAAAUCAACAAGAUCAAGGCGGUGCUUUGUGUCACCUGGCCGGAGUUUGGUGCCGCCGCGCUGGAGCUGAUCAAGUUUAGGGUUUUGCCUGCUCUGGAUUUGGGUCUGAGCUUCAAGUCUGAUGCUGAUGAUUAUGGAAGUUUGGGACAAGAUAAGGAUCCUUUUGAUUCUGAUUUGUAUUCCUGAAAUGUAAAGGCGGGUUCUUUCGGGCUUAUUAUCACUUGAAUGCUUGGAAAUUUUGUGACUUUCUUCGUCUUAAUAGUGAAUUGUGGCUUCAAAUUUGGGUUUAAGUUGCUGUUCUAGUUUGCUGUU